ACUAGACGCAGCCAGUAAACGCACCUUGCAGAACAGGGGCAUGUUGCCAUUACUAUGCUAGAAAUAGUAGCUGGAAAAAGCUCUAGCUAACACUAGUAUUUUCUGCAGUAAAGCCUAAGUGCUCCCUGCAAGAAAAGGUGAUGUUUCAUUUACCAGAAAGGUUAAUUAAUGGGUCAGUUAGGGAUUUAGAGAUUGAGCUUUUCCUCACUUAUCCGUAGUUUUAAUUCAGGCCAGGGUGAAAUGGCUAUGAUUUCACUGCCAGAAAUGGAAUGAGUAUAUAGGUGAUCCAGCUUCUCCUCUGGGGUGUUUACAGACCUCCAGGGCAUCAUGGACUGUUAUGGUCCAGUCACUAUGGUUCAUUGCAAACAGCUUGAAUCAAGCUGAACCCUUACUCCAAAAUGUUCCAGGUCAGGACCAAGGUUUUAGGAGACAGAGUCACAAGAGUGUUCUGUAUUAUUUGUGACUGGUACUAAGUGAACUCAAGUUUAGAGAGCAAGCUAACCUGGGAUUUUUCACGAAUACUGGGUUAACUGCAAACUCUACUACAGUUCAAACCAGAAAUGAAAAUGGCAACAGAUAAAUGCAUGGGGAAUCUAAGAGUCCCAGAACGUUUGCUGUGGAAUAUGUAUUGGGGAGGCAGUGUCUCUAAAUCUGUAUGUUUUGCUCUCAUUCUGCAAAUACUCAUGCUCAAAUGUCAGCAUAUGUGUCUGGAGUGGGGCCAUGAGGUUCUGAUGUGUCACAGGACCAUGGAAGGCCAUUCUGAGGUCAAGACUGCAAGAAAUUAAAGUGGAGAAUUGAGAUCAGGAGGAGAGGAUAUACAGUACAGGAUGCCAUGGCUUUUGCAUGGUGUCUAUCUGGAUCUUCCCUUAAGGAGUGCUUUUGUUAUUAGCCACUGUGUAAAGAGGAGAGGCUUGCUGCUUGUUUGGGGUUUGCUGUUGAAGUGGUCUACAGCCAUGUUUUUCUGUUUGAGCUUGGCUGUCACUGUGUAGCUGUGGCCUGUCUGCCACUAGCUCUCUGCAAGCUUCUCUCUUUGAUGGAAGGGAUUAUAUCCAACCUCUUUUGGUUUCCUUAACUAUCCUUUUGAUUCCCUUGGAGUAGAGCAGUUCUCUUCCUUACUUUUUUUGUCUGACAUGGCAGAGGACUGAGGAACAGUGAUCAGUUCUGUACACGUAGCUGGUCUCACUGAUGGCAACAGCCAAGGGCAGACUUUGGACCUGUGUUCUGCCUUUAUAAACACAGGACUUUAAUCAGCCAAAGACCAAAUAGCCAUAGCUGUUUUUUUUGUUUGGUUGUUUGGUUUUUUUUGUUUGGUUGUUUUGUUUGUUUGCUUUUAAUUUGUUUCUCCUCCACAGCUUCAGCCAUGCAAAUUUCUUGAGGGGUAGGUGUUAUUCAAUGUAAAGUUGGAUAAACUCAAAAUUCAUUGCAGCUAUGAAUUCUGACUGAUUCCAUGAUGUGAGCUGCCAAAAUCCCCUGUGUUACUGCCAGGCCAGUCAGAUGCUGUAUGCUGCCAUCAUGGAUGGUGAUUUUAGCUACUCCUUAAGGUACUUAGGAUUAACAGUAAGAAGUAUAAGGUUUUCCACAAGACAUCUGGAAUCCUGGCAAAGGCUGGAGAAAGGUAUUACCAAUACAGAUAUGGACAGGACUCCAUGGUUGGAGCAGCUGUGGACAGCAGAUUCUCCAGCUGUCUCCAGGAUACACUUGUCCAUGGAGAACUUAGGCAUGUGCUUGGUUGUAGAUCUGCUCCUCUCCAUGCUUGCUCACUUUCUUUUGCUUUUGUUCAAUAGUUUUUUUAAUUUUCCUUUCUUAUUUUUGUUCAUUUCUUUCUUUUUCUCUUCUGCUUUUGUCUCCUUCAAGUCUCCCAGCUCUGAGCUGCUCCAUACACCAACUCCUCCGCCUUUGCCUUUCUCACGCCGUGCCUUGUCUCCAGAGGUGCAGGCAGUCACAUCCGAGUGGAUUGCUCUGACUGUGGGAGUGUCUCCUAGCACCACUCCUGCCUUAACUGCUCCAUUGCCUUCUCUGCCUGAAGCCUCCCUCUCCCACACUGACUCUCUCUCACCUCCUACUGUAGCCAGCCCUUCCCCCUCGUUCAGCCUCCCCCAUUCUCAUCUCUCUGGCUCCUCAACUCCAAGGUCCAUUAAAUCCCCCUUGCCCUUUUACUCAUCUGGGCCUCAGCCCUCCGCUCGCAGUUACUACCAGGCUGCUCCGCAAAGCAAAGAGAAGGUUGGUGGCUCCUCUUCUCCCUGCCCUCGCUGGGCAGGCGGGAGCCCUGAGAGCAUCCUCACAGAGCAGCACGGCACCCCUGGCAGCCAGGCCUGGCUCCAGAAGACUAGAGAGGGCAGCAGCAACCCUGAGCAGGGUUCCCAUGCUGCUCCCAACAUCUCUGUGGAGCGCUGUCUGAAACCAUCCCAGCUAGACAUGCGUGCAAGCCCAGAAAGGAGACCUGUGAGUUCCUCUGAGGACAACCAGUUGUGUCAGGAGCUAAUGGCUAUUGUGCAGGGAGGUAAAGCAGAGAAAAGAGGCACGAGGAGAGGUGAUCUGGGAAAGUUUCAAGGCGGGGAAAAGAAGGUACUUCUCCUGCAUGUGUGUGCACUACUCUGAAUGCCUGACUUUACCGGUGUGUUGAGGUUUGUGCUACUCUGCCAUUCAGGCAGAGCCAGUGGCUGCCACUUGUCCUUUUAAUGAUCCUAAGACCUUCUUCCAAGGUUCACCAGUGGCGUUCCCUGGGCAGUAGAUAAGAAACCUUCAGAAGAGUGCUCAGGAGUAGUGUAGCACAGAACUGACUCAAUUGGCCAUAUCUAACAAGGUGACCAUGCCAGACAACAGCUAUUACUAGAUAAAAGAGUCAGAUAAAAGGGUCAUACAGGCCUCUUGCUCAUGUACUUCACCAUCUAGAAUACAAGAAAUUAUUUGCUAUUUAAAGAUUUUCCAGUGUGCAAUGGACCAUCUUUGGUGGUGGGAUUUAUUCCUUUCCCUUAAAGCCAAGCACUGAAAUAUCUUAUAAUAGUCAGCCUGGCUUCUGGAACCACAAAAGCUAUGCCUUGUUGAGGAAAUACAGAAUGGAUGAUCCUGGAGACUGUGGAUUAGUGAUUCCCAGUCUGGGAUGUGCAUGGCUAAGUCAGGGAGGCUUGCUUGCUAUCUGUGCUUUGAGUGGAAUUUAUUAAAUUUGCAUUUUGAAAAUUGCAUGAAAAGGUUCCAUGUGUAAUACUCCCAAGAGUAUUUAGGUAUAUGUAGGCAUAUGUUACAGGAAGGAAGAUAAGGGAACCUUCUAGUAGCUUCUGCAACAUUUUCUGUCCUCAGUCUUGGUUUAUGGAGAUCUGCCUUACUUUGAAGCUCUCGCUUGUCUUAGUGUCCAUUAUGGGCUACAGCCAUCCAAACUACAUUACAACACUUCCGUGCUAACUUGUACAGGAGUGGGAAUUUGGGGAGCUCAAAAUCAUAGUGUUACAAACAGCUUCUUGAUGGAAUGUGAUUGCCUCCAUGACGUAUCCCAUCUAGCCAGUGUUAAAUAGUGAGGGACUGUAAUUUCUACGAUGACACAUUUCACACUGGGAAAUCUUGUUUGAUUUCAAACAACUUGUUUGAUUUCUGCUCGAAUCAUAACCAGAAGCAUAUUGAAAGCUGUAUUAAGACUAUGCUGUUUACCGACUGCAAAAAUUUUUAGCAGUGCUUUCUACGGGCAUAACCUGCAUGUUUUAAGCAGAAUGAAGUGGUAAGGUCUAACAAACCAACUAGGAAAUUGCAUCUGCCCUUGCAUGGAGUUAUGUUUGCUGUGUGUGCAUCAAAUCUUACAGCAUAGCAGGUGUUCUUAUCACUACCAAUGACUGUGAUAAGAGUGUGUAUGUCAAGCUGAUGAACUUUUCUUUUCUUCAAAAGACUGCAGACUCAAAAGCUUUCUCUUCACCUGCUCCUCUCUCUUCCUCUGCCCUCUCUUCCUCUACUGUCACAACACAGCCACCUCCCAGACUUACACGUAGAGUCAAUAAGCCACAGGUAAUCAUCUUUGCUGAUUACUCUUCCAUUGCUUUCAGUUGUUUCCAUGCCAUGCCAUUGUUUUAUCAUAUGCUUGUCUAUCCAUUCAACGAUUCUACACACGAUAUUUCUCCUGUCAUUUAAUUAAGCAUUUUUAUUUAAAAAAAAAAGAAAAAGGCAAGCAAUUUAAACAGUUUCCAGGUUGUGCAGUUUAAACAGUUUCCAGGCUGUGCAGAAGGGCAGGUAUGGACAAAAUCUUCUGGUGCAAAUCCACCUAACUGCAGGUCAGUGAGCUUCUGCCAGUUUGUACCAGCUGGAGAUCUGAUUUUCUGUUCCUCUGAAGGAUUAGCUCAGAACUUUUAGUACUUCAGCUGCUGAUUAUUUCUGACGUUGUGUUUCUACAGCUUAAUUUCAUUCUAAGGCAAUAUCAGUGCCUUCCUUGUUAGCAGGAACAAUAUCACCUGUGGUACUUUCAUUCAGGCAUUGUUUAAUUUCCUGAGAUUGGGAUUCAGGGCCAGAGUGUCUCAGAACUGCGAUAGGACAACUCAGGUUGAUGUCCACAAUGUUGGGGACCUGUCUCAGCCUUCCCAGGUGGCUCAGUUUGGAUAUUUGGAAAAAGUUCUCAGAAAGAGUGGCACAUUGGAACAGGCUGCCCAGGGAGGUGCUGGAAUCAGUGUUCAAGCAAAGAGUGGAUGCAGCACUGAGGCACAUGGUUAGUGGGCAUGGUGGGGAUGGGUUGUCGUUUGGACAAGGUGAUUCUAGCGGUCUUUUCCAACUGUAAUGACUCUGUGAUUCUGUGACACCUGCAGUCAUCUUUAGAGAGGGACAGAGUUGUGUCUGUGCAGCAUUGCCGGCUCAGGAGGGAGCAGCGCUCGCUGCUGGAGGCUGUCAGUCCUUCCCUGCAGCCCCACACGAUGGCAGUGUGUGAAGCAGAAAGUUCACAGUUAGCAAAAGCCAGGCAGAGUUCUAGUGAUGGUUUUGGGGGUAGCAGUCUUGGCUUCAUCAGUGAACCGUAUUCAUGCUGAGUGAGUGUGGGAAGUAGAUGCCAGUGUUCUUACUUUUGUGAGACUGAGAUCUGGCUUUAACUCUGAAAUUUUUGUUCCUUUUACUCUCCUCAUGUCCCAUGCUGUCUCUCAUGCGCUUCUAUUUCGGGUGCUGCACCUGGUCGCAAUGGGACACUGUAGCACUUCUUUGGAGUUAAAGUCAAGGCACAUUUUAUACGUUGUGUGCGUUGACAAUCAGCCCAUUGUCAGUGUCAAGUUAACGCUGUGUUUGACAGCUGCCGGCCUUGACCUCCUUUCCAGCUCUGGGCCUGCAGUUAUUGGGGAGCAGUAGUGGUGUUGUAUAUACAUAUAUACACAUAUAAUGACUUCCCAUUACCUGCAUGACCCAUUGCUUCAGCAUUGAAGCCAAUUGCUUCAGCAGACCCGGGGGCGUUUUCAAAAUCUAUCUUCUUGCCAUUUAAUUUAAUUAAAUGAGAAGAGCAUUUAGUAGACGUGCAAGCGAGCCGUUGCAUUUGGCUUCGUUUUCAAUGCUGUCUGUCCCUGAGGUUUGAGGUAUUGUACUGUUUUAAAUGUCAUAUUUUGCUCGUAAAAGAUAAUCUCUCAGGUAAUGAAAUUCAAACCCAGGUUUCUUGUCGUUUUAAGACCGCUUAGAUGCAGAGCUGGGUUAAAGGCUGUGUUCUUGCCUGUUCCACUAAGCAGUAAUGUAAAGAGCACAGGCUCUUCUAAAUAUUAUAAAAUUAUUCCCUUUUCUUAGUUUCACAGUUCAAACUGAUCAGAAAAAAAGAUAAAAGAGCAAGCCCAUAGCAUGUGAAAAAUAUGGCAAGUGUAAUUAACAGAUGUUUUUUCAGUAUUCCAGUGAAACUUGAUAUUAAAUGUCAAAUGAAUUUUCAGUGGUGCUAGCACAUGUGUGAGCCUUUAGCUCCCAAUCCAGUGGCCAAGGAGUCUCUCCAUUGUUUCUGCCAGCCUUUACAGCUGGCUGCAGUGCACAGCAAGCUUUUCAGUGCCCUUUGUGAGAGCUCUUGGGCCAGCUUUUCCCUCACUCCCAGAGCUGGGAUCUGAUAUAUGCAGCAGUUUUCCUUCACUCUGGAGGACUGGCAGUCUUCUCUGCUCAUGGCUCUCCAUCCAUGUGCAGGAGCAGCCCUACUGCAUGCCCAUCUCUGAAGGGAUGCCUGUGUCUCUGCCUCUUUCUGUGUGUCAUGUCAGUCUGUUCUGCUUAGCUUUCUCUUUGCUCAUGUAGUCCUUUUGACUCACACCAGAAACAUAUUGGAAGAAGACAUACAAACAAGUGCUGCUGUGGUUGGACACGCUGAUGACUCUGCUAGGAACAGGGGAACUGCUGCUGAGUCGUCCCAGGAUCUUUCUUCCUAAGAGUACAAAACCUAUCUCAGGACCUUUCUAGGCUCUUUACAUAGAACAUCUUUCUGGUAUUUCUACAAACCUGUGAUGCUCUUUAGAUCCAUCCUCAAACUCUGUACAAGGUGGAAACAGUGGCCAGCUGUGCUUUGGAACUGGCUAUACCACGUUUGUGUAGGACGGAGGCAGAAACACUUAAGUAUUAGCAAAGUGUGACCCAGAGGGUGGGAGCUGAGGGCCCUGAUGGAUUGUGGAGCAUUCCGAGGUAGUGCUAAUUUCUUUAGCUCUCAAAUAAGUAAUUUAAUUCAGAAUUGUUAAUGCUUUUUAGAGAAAAGCUCGUCUGAGAGGUCGCAAAUAAUCAGUGAGAAAUGGACCGCAUGGUCUUAAGCUCAUGGAGCAAUUGCAGCAGUCAAUUUAUUAGUGAGGAACAAAGAAGCACUUUCUUGAAUUAAAAAGAAGUCGUUCUUACAGCUACCUUUCACCUCAUGAUGGAAAUUGUUUUUUCCAGAUACUUCACUGCCUGGGUUAACUCUGAUUUUAUCAGAUUUGAUGCACUAUAUCCUGUUGCUCUGUAAAAUACUAAUUUUAAACUUCUAAUUAUGCUAUUAGCCCUUCAGAACUGAUGAUUGGCAGACAGGAAUGACUUCUGUAUAUUCUGCUGUGAUUUCAGGCUUCACAGUAAAUGCUUUGAAGGCAAAUUCCUCCCCAUUUAGCCUAUCCAAAUUACAUUUUAUUUUCUCUCUUAUUUUAUUUUUCACACUAUGCACAUGGUUGUAGAGCGUUGUGUUUUAAGGCACCGAACCCAGAUUCCAGCCCAAGACAGCAAGACUUACGAAGGAGAAGGAGUUGUGGCAUUGGAUUCGCGUAGAGUGAAUCACAGUCUUUGAGAAGAGAGUCAAUUAUCUUUAGUACAGUGAUGAACACAGUCCUAGAGAUCCAAGAGGUGGUUCAUAGGAGCUUUGAGAAUGGGAAAUACCACUCAUCACCCUAUGCUUCUCCAGACUCCUUGUGCAUGCUUGGGCUGAAGGUGUCAGUCGUCUUUCUCCUCAGCUUCUGUGCUGCCUCAGGAUGCUGUGAGCUCACAAGCCUUUUCCUAAGCCAGUGGUGCAGCCACGUCUUUGAGCAGAAUGAAUGGCACUGAUGAAAUAAAUGAAGAGUAUGGGAAAGCAUAAAAAUAGAGUCAUGUGGAGUUUGGGAUGAAUAUUGUAUUGGAUUAUCAGAGAGGAUGGUAUUGCUCUGUAUCUUACCUGUUCUAAUUAGUACUGCUUGAAUUACCAGAACUGCACUCAUUCAGGCAUCUCAUUUGCUAGAGCGUGCACACAGCAUUCUUCUUGUGUUUGAAAAUGCAGAAACGUGCUUAAAAAAACCAAGUUCUGGAUAUCUGUGACCUGGGAUAUGGGAGUUCCUGUGAAGAGGAUUGACUGGGGAGAAAAGGAGUCCAGAAGCUUCUUGGAUGGUGUUUGGAGCUAGGCUUUCAGUCAGCCUCCUCUGACCUGAAACUCUGCUUUGUUUUGGGAAUUAAUGUUGCAGCUCAGAUCCUUGUGGGGUACAAACUAGAGUGAUUUUGAUGGGGCUACACUGCAUCGUGCCUCCUGAGGACCUGAGCUGGUCUUUUUUUAAGAAGCAAGCAAAUUACUGUUCUUCCCUGUGUCAGAGUCACCGAGGACUUAGCUAAAAACAGCAGCAGAUUCUUCUCAGUGGGUUAUGUGCCCUCAAGUAUGUAUUUCUGUCCUUGUCCGUCCCGCUCCCCCCCGCCUCCCAACCACAGGAAUGCAAUGUGACGCUAUGUAUCAGUUCUGGUUGUAGCCCUGUCCAUGAUCUUCUAGCUCAUCCUUUGGCUCUGUGCUCUAAGCUUCUGUUUUGCUGUCCUCUUUGCAAUAUUCUGUGCGCUGCAGUGUAAUUGCAUUACUGUAGCCCUAAUGUCUUGUUUAAAUGAAAGAUCUUGUUGUCCAAAAAGAGUGGUAUUGGGAUGGGGAGGGGAAGAGUUGUUCAUUUUCUUUUGUUGUCUGCACACCAUUUAUUUUUUUAAAUUCUGACCAGUAUCACAUCUGCUAAAAUGUCUUCCUUAUCAUCUGCUUGGUGAUC